AUGGCGCCGCGGAAGUCGAGACAAACCUCCAGUGGAAGAUCAUCACGGCAGCAACGAAAGUAUCAACAUGCACUUCCGGCAGCAAGUGCUUUGUCGCACAGGCUUUCUUCGCAGGCGUUGCCCACUGACACAGCGCCGAGUACAAGUCCAAGAAGAAAGAAGAGACGCUCACAGAGCUCAAAGGAGGUGCUUAAGGAGCUAGCGGCCAACGCGCUUCGAGAGAUGAAGGAGCAGGGUUUCCUGGUGCAGUCCGGGUAUGCCUCUCAAUGUGACGAGAUCUCUUUGUACUCGUGUACAGAAGACAAGUACGACUGCCUCGUCGCCAGCAGUUCGCAGGUGACUGUGGAUGAGUGCGAUGGGCCGCAAUCCCCGACAUCCUUUUUUGAUCGCGUCGGGCUCAAGACAGCAACGAAGUCUGGCUAUUGCAAGCGAAUACUACGUCCUCUAGACUUGCCCCCGAUUGUGGACGGAAAGAAGGAUUUGUCAAUGCAGUUUUCGCGGUGCCCAUCAGAGUGUUGCUCGGAAGAAGUUCGUUCGUCAGGUGUCAAUACGUCGGACUCAUUCAAGAAUGUGACACCUGCGACAGCUGAAGCUGCCCAGUAUCUUCUACGUCUGAGAGGGUAG